CAAGGGUGGCGCGGCGAUGGAAGACGGCGUUUUCUUUCGCGAAGUCCUCUGCAGUGGCAAAACGCUGAAGGUGAAGCAGCUCUACAUAGGAGACGUGGGUUGUGUCGUGUGGGACGCUGCGCUAGUUCUCUGCAGAUUCCUGGAGAACCAGCGGUAUUUUCCCUGGGAGUUUUGGAGCGGGAAGAGUGUUGUGGAGCUCGGGGCCGGUACCGGGGUGGUUGGACUUGCCGCUGGAACUCUGGGGGCUGAUGUGAUUGUGACUGAUCUGGCUGAGUGUGUGACUCUGAUGAGGAGCAACAUUGAACUCAACAAAGACUGCAUUACUGGACGUGUCACUGCGAGAUCCCUGGUUUGGGGGGAAGAUGUGACUGAUAUUAUUUCUCAGAGUCUAAAUGUGAUAGUAAUGUCAGACGUUGUCUAUUACAGAGAGUUGCUAGUAGAGAAUGUCUCAGUGAAUUGGGAAAUGCCUGGUGUUCAAUUCAAGGCUCUAGCUGCCCUGGUGAAGACACUGGUGGAUCUGUCAGACAAGCAGACAUUGGUAGUCAUGACGUAUGAGCAGAGAACUACGGGAGACAAGCCACAAAUUGAAAGGACCUUUUUCGAGUUGAUGAGCGAGCAGUUCAGUCACACAGCAGUGCCUCUUUCAGAGCAGGACCCCGACAUGAGGAGCCCCGACAUUCAUGUCAUUCUUUUCAGAAGAAAAUGAGUUUAUAAAAUCUCGAAUGUGUCGAAACUAGUUGCGAGAAAUGUGGUGAUACAACAAACUGAGCAACAUACACGGAGCAACUAUUGUUGCUUGC